AUAAGAAUAGUAAAUUUCAUUAAAUUUAAGCGAUUAUCUAACAUAAUCGCAAAAUGCAAUAGCAGAAAAGUACACAAUAUUUACAUAUAUUUAAAAAUUUUUGAAAAGUUAUAGAAUAUUUAAUGCAAAAUAUUCCCUACCUCCAAAAAAGGCUUAACUUAAUUUUACCAAAAUGCAGAACGGAAUUAUACAGCUAAUGAAUCUUUUGAGCAAUUCGCCCCCAUCUAUUAGUAUCACAAGUGACUUAAAUAUAUCAGAUACUAGCUCAAGUGACUUUAAUAUAUCGGAAGUUGGCGAUUAUGAUUGGCUCAAUGCCUCUGAUAUAGAAUACGAGUUUGACGACUUAGAUAAUAUUGAACUUAAUAUUAAUAUCGAGGAUGUAUUAGACUACUUUUUCUUAGUAAUGAAUAAACAUGGCGAAAAUGCAACACUAUAUUUAAGUCUUAUGGAAAUUUUGGAAACUUUAAAGAAACAACGGGGCGGGUUAGAUGAUGUGCAUAAUGCAAUAUUAAAAUUUGUUUACAAGCAGAUUCGUAUGGAACGUAUGCUGGGUACUCCUGAACUAUCAGAGAACGCACAAAAUCCAGAUUUACGAAGUUUCUUGAAUUGGUGUACAUUUCAAACGGUCAUCCAAAUAUACAGGGAGCCAAUAAUAAUAAGAACACAGCCAAAUGCCAACAUAAAUAUAGUUGAACAGCCUAAUAAAUGUUCCGAUAUAUCGACUUCGUAUGAGGAAAAUUUUAAUAAUCUUUUUUCAAACUUCAUGUCCAAUCUUUCUGUCUGUUUUGAUAAUUUUGAAAGCAAAAUGCGUCGUGUAACUGAGAGACACAAAAAUUUGGAACAAAGGGUAGCAUCUUUUGGAAAAAGAUUGGAGGAAAGUAGAACAGAAUACCUCAAGUUUUAUAAUAAAGCAACAACACCAAAUGUAGAACUUUUAAAAAAGAUAAACCAUGCUUUAGAGAAAAAUACUGAACAAGUGGCUGAAAAUGUAAAAAAUGAGAAUUCUGAUAUUUCUCCGGUCAGCGACGAGCAAGUAUCAAUUCCAGCGCCUAUUGGAGUUUCCGCUACUAAACCAAGUAGGAUUCCACUGCUACGCAAUCCGUAUCCGGGUUACCAUAAGAACCUUAACCUGAAUAACCACCGUUAGUAUCUAUAACACAAUAGGGAGUAUAUAUAUAAAUUUCGGUAUCAAUUUAUAUAUCUAUUUUGAGAAAACUAAAUUCCGUAUUUAUUUGAAAUGUGCAGUUAAUUGGAUUACUUGUAAUUGAUAUAAACAGAAAUGUUAUUUCCGCGUAUAUAUUUUUACUUUAC